UGAUGGAUGGGCAGAUAGAGAUGAAGUCAUUGAGGGGUAUGAAGCUGAAGCAAGUGGGGGCAUCACAAUUAAGCUGCAGUCUCCAGAAGUCUUAUCAUUUGAUGACUACUUUUUGAAAAUAAGACUGGAGACCAACACAAGAAAUCCAUGGUUCCCUGAGUUUUGGCAACAUCGCUUCCAAUGCCGCCUGCCAGGUCAUCCUCUAGAGAACCCCAACUUUCAAAAGAAUUGCACUGGCAAUGAAAGCUUAGAAGAAAACUAUGUCCAAGACAGUAAAAUGGGAUUUGUUAUCAAUGCAAUCUAUGCUAUGGCCCAUGGCUUACAAAGUAUGCAUCAUGCCCUUUGCCCAGGACAUGUUGGACUGUGUGAAGCUAUGAAGCCAAUUGAUGGAAGCAAACUUUUGGAGUUUCUCCUAAAUUCAUCAUUCACUGGAGUCUCAGGAGAAGAAGUGCGGAUUGAUGAAAAUGGAGAUGCUCCUGGAAGAUAUGACAUCAUGAACCUGCAACACAUAGAAUCUAACCACUAUGAUUAUGUCCACAUUGGGACCUGGCAUGAAGGAGUCUUGAAUAUUGAUGAUAAUCGAAUUCAAAUGAACAAAAGUGAAAUGGUUCGGUCUGUGUGUAGUGAUCCCUGUUUGAAAGGUCAAAUUAAGGUUAUAAGGAAGGGAGAAGUGAGUUGCUGCUGGAUUUGUACGGCUUGCAAGGAGAAUGAAUUUGUGCAAGAUGAGUUCACAUGCAAAGCCUGUGAACUAGGAUGGUGGCCUAAUGAUGAGCUGACAGGCUGCAAACCUAUCCCUGUAAAGUAUCUGCAGUGGAGUGACAUAGAGUCCAUUGUGGCUGUGGCCUUCUCUUGCCUGGGCAUCCUCGUCACCAUGUUUGUUACCCUUAUCUUUGCACUCUACAGGGAUACCCCUGUCGUCAAAUCCUCUAGCCGGGAGCUCUGCUACAUAAUACUUGCGGGGAUCUUCCUUGGUUAUAUCUGCCCUUUCACCCUCCUUGCUAAGCCCACUGUCACUUCAUGCUACCUCCAGCGUCUCCUGGUGGGGCUUUCCUCUGCCAUGUGCUAUUCUGCCCUUGUAACAAAAACCAACCGCAUUGCACGCAUUCUGGCAGGGAGCAAGAAAAAAAUUUGUACCCGCAAACCACGCUUCAUGAGCGCUUGGGCCCAAGUAGUUAUUGCCUCUAUUUUGAUCAGUGUGCAGCUGACAUUGGUAAUUACUCUGAUCAUUAUGGAGCCCCCUUUCCCCAUCCUUUCCUAUCCCAGUAUCAAGGAAGUCUUUCUGAUCUGCAACACCAGCAACUUAGGUGUGGUUGCCCCAGUGGGCUACAACGGACUCCUUAUCAUGAGUUGCACUUACUAUGCUUUCAAAACUCGCAACGUGCCCGCCAAUUUCAAUGAAGCCAAGUACAUUGCCUUCACUAUGUACACAACAUGCAUCAUCUGGCUUGCCUUUGUACCUAUAUACUUUGGGAGCAACUACAAGAUCAUCACAACUUGCUUUGCCGUGAGCCUGAGUGUAACAGUGGCCUUGGGGUGCAUGUUCACUCCCAAGAUGUACAUCAUCAUUGCAAAGCCUGAAAGGAAUGUCCGCAGUGCCUUCACCACUUCAGACGUGGUGCGUAUGCAUGUCGGGGAUGGCAAGACACCUUGUAGGUCCAACACUUUCCUCAGCAUAUUCCGGAGAAAGAAGCCAGGCGCUGGAAACCCAAAUUCUAAUGGCAAGUCUGUGUCAUGGUCUGAACCAGGUGGAAGAGGAAUUCCCAAGGGACAACAUAUGUGGCACAGGCUCUCAGUGCAUGUGAAGAGUAAGGAGCUAGGAUGCAAUCAGACAGCAGUGAUCAAGCCCCUAACUAAAAGUUAUCCAGGUCCAAGCAAGAGCCUCACUUUUUCAGACAUCAGCAGUAAGACUUUGUACAAUGUUGUGGAGGAGGAAGGAAGCGAGUCGGUGCACUUCAGCCAAAUGAGUAGCCCUUCCAUGGUUGUACACAGGAGGGUGAUGGUGAUGCCUCCACUACAGGCAGCAGCAGAGGACAUACAGAGUCCCAAAGUCCUGCCACCCCCACCACCGCCCCCACCACCGCGAUCCAUUAUGGAGCAGCUGCAAGGUGUGGUCAACAAAUUUGCCACUGGCAUUCCUGAUUUCAAUGCUGUAAUGCCCAUGUCUGGCGCAGGAAAUGGACUGAGGCCCAUAUACCAUCCUCCGGCAAUGCAGCAACAGAUAUUGCCACUACAAAUGGGCACUUUUAGUAAAGAGCCAGUUUCACUCCCAUCUGAAGAGGAGGAGGAGGAGGAGGAGGAGGAGGAGGAAGAGGAAGAAGAAAAUGAAAAGUUUAAGCUUAUCCAAGAGUAUGUGUACGAGAGGCCAGGAAAUUUAGAGGAGGAGGAAGAGGAAGAAGAGCAGGCCACCAGCAAAGUGACUCUAGAAGAUUCACCAGCACUGACACCUCCAUCUCCUUUUCGAGAUUCGGUGGCUUCAGGCAGUUCUGUGCCCAGUUCUCCUGUGUCCGAAUCAGUGCUUCGCAUACCCCCCAAUGCAACGUACACCUCUGUUGUUUUGAGGGAUUACAAGCAAAGCUCCUCCACUUUGUAG